AUGACUCAAACAAGCAGUUGGCCAAACAGGAUCAACCCAGAACUACAAAUGCAGCUUGCUCACGUAGUCAGAGAGAGACUGAACAUCAAAAUGAUGGACCACGUUUGGAUGCAAGUGUUAUGCGUCAGUCAUUUAGUGGAGCUAAAAGGAUUCUAUCCCUCAAAAGCUGACAAGGUCCUUUUGGCUAGAAACAUAAUAACAGUCUUCCCAGCACUUAAAAUACAAAUGGUUGAAGAGAAUGAAGGUUUUGAGCAUUUUUAUGACCCGCACUACCCACGCUUCGUGGACCUUCCUUGCUUGUUGGAUGUUGAGUUUGGAAAGCUUUUACCUGGGAAGCAAGACCUUUUCCUUCGCAAGUGGGAAGCGCACUGUGUUCCGAAAUUACUGAAAGUGGCUACACUGGAAAAUUAUGACAACAUUCUACAAGACACUGAAGAAAAUGGUGAGGCACGUGCCUUCCGCGCCCUGCAGAUACUUACUCAUCUUCUUCCUCCAAUUGCGUUGGGGAGAGGCAAAGGAUGGUCCAAGUGCAGCGUGAAAUCUGCUCUUUCUUAUAUCUUGGACAUCAAGCCGACGGGAACCAGCCUCUCAAGUCUGAUGGAGGGAUCUCUUGACUCAACAGCCCAGCAGCCCAAGCUUGGUGACGAGCACCUUUCCACUCGGCUCUAUGUGCCACCUGUGUUCGCCUGCAGUGACAUCAGCCCUGCACCCUGCCCUAGCAGGCCACUGGGCAAACCCUUCCGCUCCUAG